AUGGUGCAUCUGACCCAUUCCUCGCUUUACUGGAGGCUAGGCUGCAUCAGCGAUACCUCCAGUAAAGAGGAGAACACGUCACCGAUCAUCCAAUCCAGCAACGAUCUGAACAAGGUCAUUGGCGCUGACGACAUCGAUGCCGACGAGGUGCUGGGUCAGUAUUUCGGUAAGGUCGAACACGUCAGUGCUGCGCGCUCCGAUCGAUCGCGCAACACUGGGUUUCGUCUCCUACUGGACCAGUGA